CCUCCGUACAACACCACUCCCAAUCAAGGUAUGACUCCACCUUCAGGGAAGUAUGUACGUGCACUCCCGGAUCCCUCUACUCUACAACAAUCCCUAUGAUGCCACUUUCAGUGAAAGAUCUACCUGCAUUUCAAGAUCCUUCUGUUCUACUACUUUCCCAAUCUUCCUGUGAUGGUACUUUUGGUGAAAUAUGUACCUGUACUCCAGGAUCCCUCUACUCAACAACAUUCCCUACCUACCUGUGAAACCGCUUUCAGGGAAUUGUGUCCAAUUACCCCUAUGUCCCACUGGUGUACAGGCUUACACGUUUCCUUUAUUGUCAUUCAGACCGAAGUCUGAACAAAAUUUCGUGCCUGCAGUCAUACACACAUACAAUACAAUAAAAAAACAACAAUAAACACAUAUUAACAUCCACCACAGUGAGUCCACCUAGCACCUCCUCACUGUGAUGGAGGCAAAAGUCUUAGAUACAACAUCCAUCUUCCUGCAACACCACCUUCAUGGACCUAGGUAACUGCGUACUGAGAUCCCUCUGCUCUACAACACUCCCCAGAGGUGUGUAGAUCCUGCCCAUUUGGAAGUUUCAAAAUGUAACACCUCAUGUUUUCUGUGCAUGUGAAUGUUUUAUGGCCAAAUCUGUUGUUUCAGAACUUCCGCCGCCACCGACUAUCUCCAAUACUCCUGACUAUCCCGUGUAUGUGCCUGGAGAAUCCAUCACCAUCACGUGCGCUAGUUCACGGCGGGACACGGCGGGGAGGUUUCAGUUGAGGAAAGACUCCAACCUUCUCACCAGCAGCACGAGAAGUGACACGACCUUCACCCACCGGAUAACAGACUUAAGGGCAGACGUGGACAACACCUACACAUGUGUCAUGUUGGUGCAAGUCUCCGCUCGGUGGCUCCCUUCCGCUCCGAGCCGUGCGAUCCACAUUCGUGUCAUUGAACGCCCGCGUCCACCGACUAUCUCCAAGACUCCUGAUUAUCCUGUGUAUGUGCCUGGAGAAUCCAUCAUCCUCACGUGCGCUAGUCCACGACGAGACACGGCGGGGAGGUUUCAGUUGAGGAAAGACUCCAACCUUCUCACCAACAGCACGGGAAGCCACACGACUUUCACCCACCGCAUCACAGAAUUAACGGCAGACAUGGACAGUACCUACACCUGUAUCAUGUUGGUGCACGUCUCCGCUCGGUGGCUCCCAUCCCUUCCAAGCCCAGCGGUCCACAUACGUGUCACAGAACGUCCGUCGCCGCCGAAUAUCUCAAAGAUUCCGGACUAUCCCGUGUACCUGCCUGGGGAAUCCGUCACCAUCACGUGCGCUAGUUCACGGCGGGACACGGCGGGGAGGUUUCUGUUGAGGAAAGACUCCAACCUUCUCACCAGCAGCACGGGAAAUCACACGGCGUUCACCCACCGCAUCACAGACUUAAUGGCAGGCGUGGAUAACACCUACACCUGUACCAUGUUGGUGCGCGCCUCGGCUCGGUGGCUCCCGUCACCUCCGAGCCCUGUGAUCCACAUUCGUGUCACAGAUCCCUCUGCUCUGCAAAGCUCCCAAUCUACUUGCAAUGCCACCUUCAUCUUAUGUAAGGUCAGACACGGACAACACCUACACCUGCGUCAUGUUUUGUGCACGUCUCUGCUCGGGUGGCUCCCGUCACCUCCAAGCCCAGCGAUCCACAUACGUGUCACAGAACUUCCGCAGCCACCGACCAUCGCCAAGACUCCUGACUAUCCCGUGUACGUGCCUGGGGAAUCCGUCACCAUCACGUGCACCAGUUCACAGCGGGACACGGCGGGGAGGUUUCAGCUGAGGAAAGACUCCAACCUUCUCACCAGCAGCACGGGAAGUCACACGACCUUCACCCACCGCAUCACAGACUUAAGGGCAGACGUGGAUAACAACUACACCUGUGUCAUGUUGGUGCACGCCUACGCUCGGUGGCUCUCGUCACCUCCGAGCCCUGGGAUCCACAUUCGUGUCACAGAUCCACCUUCUCGUCCCAUCAUCUCCAAGAGUCCAGAUCAUCUAGUUUACUUCCCUGGGGAAAGAAUUACAAUGACGUGCAGAGUUGGGAGACUGGGCGAGGCUGGGCUGUUCCUAUUGAUGAAAGAUUCCAUGCCUCUUACUAACAGCACAGAAGUGCAAAGCCAUUUCACCUAUCACAUGGUAGAAAUCAACAGAAGCACCGUGGGAAACUAUGCGUGCUUUUUCCUGACUCAAAUCAACGGUCGAUGGAUAAAGUCCCCCGUCGGUGAACCACUUCGAAUCAUUGUCACAGGUAUGUAACAUGUUCCCACCUUGUAUUGUAGAACAGUACAGCACAGGAAUUGGCCCUUCAGUCCAUAAAGUCCGUUCCGAAUAUGAUACCAAGUAUCAUCACAGCUCUAAACUCAUGACACUACAGUCAUGAUGACUUUACCAUGAUGACUCUGAAGUCGGUGGCAUUAUAGAUAGUGAAGAUGGUUGUUAAAAAUUACAGCAGGAUCUUGAUCAGUUGGACAGGUGGGCUGAGGAAUGGUUGAUGGAAUUUAAUAUGGAGAGAUGUGAGGUGUUGCAAUUUCGGACCUUUAACAUGGACAGGACCUGCACAGUGAAUGGUAGGGACCUGGGGAAUGUUGUAGAGCAGAGAUAUCUAAGAGAGCAUGCACAUAAAUCCUUGAAAGUGGCAUCACAUGUAGAUAGGUGGUCAAAAGGGCAUUUGGCACAAUGGUAUUCAUCAGUCAGGUUGACGAUAGAAAUUGUGAGGUCACGUUGCAAUAGAUAUGAAUGGUGAGGCUGCAUUUAUAUUUGUGUGUUCAGUGUUGGGCAUCAUGUUCUAGGAAAGAUGUUGUGAAGUUGGAAAGGGUGCAGAGAAGUUUUAUGAUGAUGUUGCCAGGACUUGAGGGCCUGAGGGAGUGGUUGAGCAUGCUGGGACUCUAUUCCUUGAUGCGCAGGAGCAUGAGAGUUGAUCUUAUAGAGGUGUAUACAAUUGUGAGAAUAGAACAGGUAGACGCAUUGAGUCUUCCCAGUAGGGGAAUCGAGAACCAGAGGACAUAGGUUUAAGGUGACUACCUCCAUGUCUCCAAGUCUCCAUGGCCCCAUGACUCCAAUAAUCCAAGACUCCAUGUCCCCAUGUCUCCAUGUUUCCAUGACUGUGAAUCCAUGUCGCCAUAUCUUCAUGCCUCCAUGUUUUCAUGUCUCCAUGUCUUCAUUUCUCCAUGUCUCCAUAUCUCUAUGAGUCCAUGACCUCCAAGAAUCCAUUUCUCCAUGUAUCAUUAUUCCAUGUCUCCAUGUAUCCAUGUCUCCAUUACUACAUGACUCCAUGACUCAAUGUCUCCAUGACUACAUGACUC